ACCUGGGAGAGGGGGGCCGCUGGGUCGGUGCGCGCGCAAGCAACACCACGGAAUAUGUGUAAACGUUGCCUGGCCCCGCUCUGUGCCUCCGCCUCUUCACCUUCAGUCGAGUACCAGGCGCCGGGGACGUAACAAUAGCAGCACAAGUUACGCCUCACUGUACACACGGUCCUCCUGGUUCGAGUCCUCGCCCUUCUUCACGUGCCGUCUUCUGGGAGUUAAGGGCAGAGAGAUAAGGAAGAGCCGCGUGUGCCCCUGGUUGCGCUCCUGAAGAUGCCGAAGAAGGAUGUGAGGCUGGAGGCUGACGCUACGGAGAUCAGGAUCACCGUCAACCGAGCUGAUGACGACAAGAGCAUCAGCAUCACGGGUGGGGAGGACGCGGAGCGCGGGGUCUGGGGCAACAAGGUCGAGUUCAUCCUCUCCUGCCUCUCCUUCGCCGUCGGGCUGGGCAACAUCUGGCGCUUCCCUUACCUCUGUUACCGCAAUGGAGGAGGUGCGUUCCUCAUCCCAUACGUCAUUAUGCUGCUGGUGACGGGGUUGCCGCUCUUCUUCUUCGAGCUAAGCCUGGGCCAGUUCGGGAGGGAGGGGCCCAUCACCAUCUGGAAAGUGGUGCCACUCUUCCAGGGCGUUGGUGUGGGCAUGUUCAUGAUCGCCUUUUUCAUCGCCCUCUACUACAACGUCAUCAUCGCCUGGGCCUUCUUCUACCUCUUCUCCUCUUUCACGGCCACACUCCCUUGGCAGUCCUGUGACCAUUGGUGGAAUACAGAUGCUUGCAAAAGGUUUGACACUAAGAACUGCACGGCCCACGAGGGCAUUAUGUCAAAUAACGGCACCUGCUACGUCAGGGACCAGGUGAACUCCUCCCAGUGGAACCAGCUCAACCAGACGGCAAUGGACAUGAAGCUUCCCGCCGACGAGUUCUUCCAUAACUUCAUGCUGGAGAUCUCGCAGGGCUUCCACGAUGACGAGGGACAUGGCCUGCAGUGGCACCUCUCCCUCUGCCUCAUCCUCUCCUGGAUCGUGGUCUUCCUCGGGCUCUUCAAAGGUGUCUCCAGCAUGGGCAAGGCCGUGUACUUCACCGCACUCUUCCCCUACACUGUACUCAUCAUUCUCUUCGCUCGAGCCGUCACUCUGCCUGGCUACGUGGAGGGCAUCACCUUCUACAUCACUCCCAAAUGGGGCCACCUCAUGAAGGCCAGGGUGUGGGGAGACGCAGCCAUGCAGAUCUUCUUCUCGCUGGGGCCGUGCUGGGGUGGACUCAUCACCCUCGCCUCCUACAACAAGUUCAACAAUAACUGUCUCAGGGACGCCAUCUUCAUAAGCGUCGCCAACUGCCUCACAAGUUUCUUCUCAGGCUUCGUUAUCUUCGGCAUCGUGGGCUUCAUGGCAGACUCAAUGGGUGUCCCCGUGGAAGAUGUGGCUGCUCAGGGAGCCGGACUGGCCUUUGUGGCGUACCCUGAGGCUGUGGCCCGCCUGCCACUCUCCCCGCUGUGGUCCAUCCUGUUCUUUGUGAUGCUGCUGACGCUUGGCCUCGGCUCGCAGUUCACCAUCGUGCAGACUGUGAUCACCUGCCUCGUGGACUUCCUGGGGAUUCGCAGGCAUUACAAGAAGACAUGCAUGGUGGUGUGCCUGGUGGGGUGUGGCGUGGGCCUCACCAUGUGUACGCGCCACGGCAUGUACAUCCUGCAGCUGCUGGACAACUACUCGGGGACCUACUCCGCCCUCAUGAUCGGCUGCAUUGAGCUCAUCGCCAUCAGCUGGGUUUAUGGGGUCGACAACUUCAUGGAGGACAUCAAGCUCAUGCUGGGACAUCUGCCUUUCCCUUACUACUAUUGGCUUUUCGUCUGGAAGUACCUCACCCCUGUCAGCGUCUUCGUCAUCCUUAUUUUCACCUUCAUCGACUACUCCCCAAGCGAGUAUGGUUCGUACAAGUUCCCGGUGUGGGCCGACGUGCUGGGCUGGCUCAUCUCCUUCUCAUGUGUGUUGGCCGUGCCCAUCCGUGCCUGCUGGCUGAUGGCUGGCAAGAGUGGACCACUCUGGGCUAGGGUGCAGCAGCUGUGUCGUCCCGCUGCUGAGUGGGGACCGGCUGACCGCAGACGAGUAGAUGACUCCACCCUCAACUACAUUGACUCCAAGACACCGCUGGCCAACGAUGAGGAGCAGUACGAGAUGGACCGUGAGUCUCCCUACCUCACGCGGGUGUCCGAGGAGUGGGAGGACGAGGAGGACGAUGGGCUGCAGAUGAAGGCUCCUUCAAACGCUAAGCUCUAAGCUGGGCAUCACCAUGAAUCUGUAGCCUCCGUCAACAGCGCUGGUCUCUCUCUGCACAUGACUGGGUUUCCACAAGGACAGGGAUGGACCUCACUCGCACAGGGGUACCGAAGGGUGAUCACAGUAUACUCUGCACAUCACGCUGCUUCCUGUGCAAGUGCCGUUAUUCUGCGCCUCUACACCUUUAAGUUGACGUCACUGUCUGGGAUGAUCUGGCCAGCACUGAGGCUUUGCUCAACAACAGAAUUCAACAUUAGAGAACCAUGAGUCAAAGAGGAAGUGUUUGGAGGUAUAUUACCGUUCAUCUGAAACCAGUUCUCCCACGGUGAAUUCAGCCUUGCUGCUCACUACAAGAUGUUUAACGUUUGUAGGCCCAAAGCUGUGUGCUCGGUGACUGUAGGUGCUUGUGUGACACGCUUCAUCUCGAGAAGGAAAUGAUAAUGUGUCAUGUUAGGCAUUGGCAUGGCUGUCCUUGCUACAGACUGUAACAAGGCCAAGUCCAAGGUUUCCACUGCGUCCCUCGGAGUCAACCUGCUCUGAGAUGCAUCACCUUGCUCUCUUGGCCCCAACAGAGAUCAAACAAUAGCCACAAUACCCUGAUUUUGUGUUCAUCAUGUCUUCUCUUCUUUACUUGCUGGUGCUGAUUCUGUCUGGUACCACUUUUAUAACAGCUACCACUAUAACUACUACUAUCACUACUACCUUUACUACUACUUCUACUUCCUCCACAACAACUACAGUACUACUACUUUCAUUACUCAACAACAAAUCCUACCAAUUCUUCUACAACUACUGCCACAAAUUCUUCUUUCAAUCAUUUAUCUGCUGUCAUUACCCUAACACCACAGUUCCUGAUGCGUGCUGAAGCGGUGUCAAAAUGCUCUGCCAGUAGGAUUAUGUAAAUCAUUCUGCAGUUGCCACACUCUACCUUCCAAGUCAAACAUGUACAUGAGGCAGACGCAAGCCAGGGAAAGAGAGAAAGAAAGGGUUGGAGAGGAGAAAGAAGCUACCUAUUUUUUGGUGACAGUCUAGUUUGCUGUGUGUGUAUGUGUGCAUGUGUCUGUGUAUGUGAGAGGGAGAGAGUGAUAAGGGGAGAGGAAUAUUGCUCAUGCUUAUGGGAAGUAAUGAGAUAGCAAUACAAUACCCUUUCAAUAUAAGAGAGAGAGAGGCCGACUUUCAGUGACCUCGUUUCAUCUUUCUCGCACAAUAAUGUACUCGGAUAAAAUUCAUGAAGAAGAGUAGUCUUGACCCAGGCGUCACAUAUACUACUGCAUAGAUCCAUUGAUGCUGUGAUAGUCGUAGAGGAGUCAGUUCUUAGAGCACACCACUUAGAGAGAAGACAGAGUGAGUGAUGUGAACUAUUGCUUUGCCAUGUGACUGCUCGGAAGAAAGUAAUGAAUGGGAAGGACUGAGUGAGUGUGCGAUAGGAAGAUGAAAGAAGAAAUGGGAGAUGCAGAAUGAGAGAGACAAAGUAAUCGAAUAGGAAGAAUGAAGUGAGAGUGAGAUAGGAAGAUGAAAGAAGAAACGGGAAGAAAUGAGUGAAUGAAGCCAAUGGGAAAAUGAAAGAGGAGAAAAUAGCAAAUGAAGGACAUGGUGAAAGAAAUAAAGCAUGGGAACAGGAGAGAGAGAGAGAGAGAGAGAGAGAGAGAGAGAGAGAGAGAGAGAGAGAGAA